AAACAGUUCUUCAUUAGCGCUGCUGCGCUGCUCUAGCGAUCGAAUUUUCUGGUGUCGUGCGUGUUGAGCUUCUAUUUCUGAUCGAAUCUGACGUUUAUUGUUGUUGUUUUUUUCUUCAAGACCAUGUCCUCCCCCUACGAUAAUGUCUCGAAAACCCGUCUUAAAUUCAAGAACACCUCCGGAAUCAAAAAGAAAAAGAAGAGCAAGGACCUGAACAAGGUGGUGGAGCACAUAAGCACCGCUGCCACCACGGAAGAACAGAGGGAGCAGAAGCCAGAACCGCUGUACAAAGAAGUCCAUCGGACCAAGGCCGAGAAAGCUUUCCUCAAGAUGCAGGAGAAGAGGCAAAUAGAAAGGAUCAUGGAGAAAGCAUCCAAGACUCACAAGCAAAGGGUCGAGGAGUUCAACAGACACCUGGACUCCCUGACAGAGCAUUACGAUAUCCCCAAGGUCAGCUGGACAAAGUAAACAGCAGCCUCUCCAUUCAUCAUCCUCUGCACUGGCCGGCUUCGCCAUAAGGAUUCCCACCCACUCCAGCGUUUUCGACACCUACAGAACUGCAGCGGCGUCUGCGUGAAUAAACCUCUCUGCAUGCUGCUGGGGCAGCUCGCACUGUAGCUGCUCUCUGUAGAUUUGUGUUGUCAAGGCUGCAUCUCCAAUGGUGUUGUAAAUGUAUGGUUGCACAACUUUCAACCAGCCAUAGUUUCUCUGGGUGAUCUCUUUGACCCCGAUGAUUCACGCUGUAUUUUUGGCAG